AUGGUGUGCCAAGCAGCUAGUCAAACAAGGUUUAGAGCAUUAAAACAUGAAAAUGGAAUUGCCGGAAAACCAACGAUUGUAGUUAGAGUAAUUGCAUGCUUUCAACCAAUGGAGGAUUGUCAGGAGUGUUCUAGUUGUAUGGUUCGGACCAACAAUUCUUGUCUUUUCCCUCAGCAUUCUUCUUGGCAACUGCCCGACUUACGUUGCAUGAACGCAUCAUUAGACCCCAGGCAGCCAGAAUGCUUGCCUGCAUAUAUAAAUCCUGGCAGUCGCAUGCUUCCUGCGAGUAUAUCAAAACCGGGUUCUGCGGUUCCCUGUAAAGAUCAUGGCACACUUUUGCUUCCUGCAAAUAUUGCAAUGCCAGGUCCGGCUGAUAUUUCUGUACUAAAAGCGGAACAAAAAUGGGCACGGGGGAGGGCUACAGCUAAUUUGGUCCCUGGCUCAUCGCAGAAAGGGCUGGUAAUUUUUGAUCAGUCGGGCAGUCAGACAAGGUUAAUUUAUGGCCUUUUUCGACCUCCAUACAAGUAUGAAAUGACUGCCACCACUGAGGUAGCUUCUUCUCUUGAUUUCCAUGAAGGGCAAGCGGUUAAAACAGAUAGUCUCAUUCCGACCCCACCAGCUUUACAGGAGGAAUACGAUGAGAACCAUUUGGGUGCCGACGAGAGUGAGAUGCAUGAAGAUACGGAAGAACUUAAUGCUUUGCUUUACUCUGAUGAAGAAGAUGAUGAUGAUGAUUAUGGUGAUGAUGACGACGAUGAUGAUGUAACGAGCACGGCUCACUCUCCGAUUGGAAUUAAGCGAAACUAUGAGGAUCAAGAUCAUGAUUAUGAUGUAAUGGAACAAGUUGCCAGUUCUAAUGGUUCAAACAAAAGGCAAAAGCUUUUGAAUGAUGGGAAUAAGCAACCGAUAAUUGUGGAUGAAGGCUCUCACGAGUAUGAUAGUGAUGCAGAGUCAAGCUAUGCCAUUGGACCGAAUCACGAAGAGGAAACUUUGCAUAAUGAACAGUUGGUAAAGGAUAAGAUUCGCACGACGCUAAAAAUCCUGGAAGGCAUAAUACCUGGUGCUAAAGGAAAGAACCCGUUGUUGGUCCUCGAUGACUCUAUAGACUACUUGAAGUCCUUAAAGGUCGAAGCCGAAACUUUAGGAGUGAACCAGUACUAGGUUUGCACUCCUUCCUUUGUAAGUAUGCCAACUGCACAAUGUGGUGGGAAAAGAUGGCUGAAAAUAACCAAAGUCUCAGCUCGAAUGAUUGAUGAAUUUGAAAUCACUAAACACGCCUUUUCUUCCAUGGGGCCGACCCGUUUUGUCAUCUUUUUUACUUUCUCAAGGAGCCUUAAAGAGUAAAAGCAAGUCACCGAUGCUUUGAACGCAUGGGGGAAGAAGCUGCUAGUAGUGUGGUGUGUGCUGUAAAAACAAGCCCCCCCCCCCCCAUGGCCAUGGAUGUAGUAUAGUGCAUGCGCGUUAGGUGGAACUGUGUCCCGCUACCCGAUCCCGUUCCCGUCUCUUUUAUUACCUUGAGAACAACACAUCAUGUUUGAUAUUUUCUUUCAAUCUUCCCCUACAAGUAUGAAGACAAACUUCCCAUGGUGUCUGGUUUUCCUUAGCGAAAGAAUCUGGCUCUCCCCCCCCCCCUUCACGUGAGUUGUUCUUAAGUGUCUGGUCCUUGUAGAACGUGUUUAUGAUGUGUCUGGUUUUUGUUGUGUAAUUUGAUGAUGUUUUUGUAUUAAUAAUUGGAGCCAUGACUGGUUGAGCUUGAUCUCCAAACCAUGACUGUUUGUUGUACUGUCGUUUUCAGUGGUUUGUGUGAAAGUAUAAUAUUUGUUCACGAUUUCUUU